AUGCCGUCGACGACAUCGUCCAAUUCUAAAAAAUCUCCAGCGCUUAAGACGCUUCAAACAAAAUUGAAAUCGUAUCUCCACAUGUUUAAAGAUAUCGGUGAGUUUGCGCAAGCGUUUAGUGUUGAAACUACUGCUAGCCAGGUGACGGUGCGACUCGAGAAGCUAGAAGAGUUGUGGGAGAAGGUGAAUGACGUCAUCAUUGAAAUUGAAAUUCACGAAGACUUUACGGCAGAGGAUGAAACAUAUAUACAGCAGCGGUCGGAGUUUGGUAAUGAGUAUUAUAAGGUAAAAUCGGUACUGUUGGACAAGCUUAAAGAAUUGGAGGCCAUUAAUGCUUCCCUUCGCGCCAAUGAUACGACGCAGCAACCUACCGUUGAGCAUGGAUGUUUGGCUGGCGAGGCGAAGGCGCUGAUAGACCCACUUUCUAUAACUAGGGCAAAUUAUCAAAUUGCAUGGGAUACGAUUACGAAGCGGUAUAAUGACAGCAAAUUUCUCAAACGAAGGCAGGUGCAAGCACUUUUUGAGCUACCAUCGUUAACGAGGGAAUCUUCCGCCGAGUUGCAAGCCUUGUUGGAAGGGUUUGAACAGGUCGUACAGACAUUGGAUCAGCUUAUUCAACCAGUAGAUUACAAAGAUAUGCUGCUGUUGGACAUUUUAUCCACACGAUUAGACAAUGCAACGAGACGGGCCUGGGAAGGAUAUUCCUCAACGAAGGAGAAUGACACGGUGAAAGAUUUAACUGAGUUUCUGCAAAGAAGAGUACGAGUCCUUGGUGCAUUACACACGAAGCCCACGGAAACUAAGGCAGAGUUUUCGCGGCAGUUCAGGAAGGUUUUGAAUCCACCUCGUCAUAGCCACAACGUAACUCAAAAUACGACUGAGAAAUGUGUGGCGUGCUCAGAGUCUCAUCUGUUGUAUCAAUGCUCAGCGUUUCAGCGGCUAACGGUUUCCGUUCGGGAUAAAUUAAUUCGUACGCACUCUCUGUGUAGAAAUUGUUUUAAAAGAGGGCAUAGGGCCCUGGAUUGUCCAUCAAAAUACGUAUGCCGCACCUGCAAGGAAAGGCAUCACACCUUGGUGUGUUUCAGAGCUGAGAGCAAUCAUGCUGCUAAGGAAAGAGUGGGCAAGGAUAGUGGUACUACUAAGGAGGCUAGUACAUCGGUUACUCAAGUGUCUGCUAAUGUAUCGGGUCAUCGAAUAUCGUCCGUGCUGCUAGCUACAGCGGUCGUUUUGGUGGAAGACGACCAAGGCUUUCGUUUUCCAGCACGAGCCUUGCUGGAUUCCGGUUCCGAAUGCAAUUUUAUGACAGUAGGUUUGGCGCAGAAAAUGAAACUCAAAUGUCGAAGGUUCGACGUGGCAGUAUGUGGAAUUGGCGAAUCUACUUCUAGGGUAAAACAAACGACAAAUACUACCAUCAAGUCUCGAGUAUCAGAAUUCUCGCGUAGGAUGGAAUUCCUACUGUUACCGAAGGUCACAGCAAAUCUCCCAACAACAAAUGUGAAUUUGGCUGGAUGGAAAAUCCCGACAGGUGUCGAACUAGCGAACCCAGCCUUUUUCGUAUCGAAGGCGGUCGACUUGGUGCUUGGCAUACAGCAUUUUUUUGCAUUUUUUAAUACCGGAAAUGAGGUUCGGUUGGGUGAAAACCUCCCGAUGCUUACUGAGCCAGUCCUUGGAUGGGUAGUUUCCGGGGCGGUGGAUAAUUUCCAGCAUAGUUCGGUUACUUCCUGCAAUAUGGCGGUUGAAGGCGCAUUGGCAAAGAUUGGCGAGUCAAGGGACAUCGCAUUUCGGCGACUGCUGGGAUUGGAACGUAGGUUACUGAAGGACACAGAGCUGCGGCAGCAAUACGAUCAGUUUAUGGAGGAAUACCUACAACUGGGACAUAUGCGUAAGGUAGAAACGCGUUCCCUAGAGCAAGUAACUCGCUGCUAUUUACCACAUCAUCCGGUGGUUAAGCAAGAGAGUACUACUACUAAGGUUAGGGUAGUAUUCGACGCGUCCUGUAAAACGGCAACCGGAGUGUCGCUAAAUGAUGUACUACUGACGGGGCCGGUAGUACAGGAGGAUCUUCGAUCGAUUAUUUUGCGGAGUCGAACGAAGCAACUCAUGUUAGUUUCUGAUGUCGAGAAAAUGUUCAGGCAAAUUGAAAUUAACGCAGCGGAUAGGCCGCUUCAAAGCAUUCGGUGGCAUACAGAUAGCAGCAAGAAUGCCGAAACCUAUGAGCUAACCACGGUGACGUACGGGACCAGGCCCGCACCGUUUCUAGCAACCAGGACUUUCAAACAACUCGCUAUGGAUGAGCAAACACAUUUUCCUCUCGCAGCAAGGGCUGUGGAGCAAGACGUGUAUAUGGACGACGUUUUGACUGGGGUCGAUAAUGAGGAAACAGCAUUAAAUUUAGGAAUGCAGUUAGAGGAAAUGCUAGAGAAAGGCGGUUUCCGAUUGAGGAAAUGGGCCUCAAAUUGUCCCUCAGCCUUGCAAGGCAUGUCAGAGGACAAUCUAGCACUGAUAAAAACUGAAGGAUACCAAUUAGAUCCCGAUCCAGCGGUGAGAACGUUAGUGCUCAUCUGGCAUCCAAACACGGACGUUUUAAAAUUUCGGUUCAAGAUACCCGAUCUAAUUAAAGGCGAAACAUUAACUAAACGAAAGGUCCUAUCGACCAUCGCUACACUUUUUGAUCCGCUUGGCUUGAUUGGAGCGGUGAUAACAACUGCUAAGGUGUUUAUGCAGUUGCUGUGGUGCUUGAAGGAUGAAAAGGAUAACCGAUUGGGGUGGGAUCACCCCCUACCAAUGAAAGUUCAAGGUGAUUGGAGAUAUUUUCACGGUCAGCUACUAUCGUUGAACGAGCUGGUGAUAAGUCGUUGUGUGAUUCGACCAAAAGCAGUCUCUGUGAAGCUGCACGUGUUUUCAGACGCGUCCGAGCGUGCGUAUGGAGCGUGUGCGUAUGUAAGAAGUAUAGAUACAGGAGGAAAUGUUUCAGUCGCACUACUCACUUCCAAAUCUAAGGUGGCACUGCUGCAAUGCCAAUCCAUACCAAGGUUGGAAUUGUGCGGGGCACGCAUGGCGGCAUAA